GUUUUACAACUACUUCUUACUCACUUCAAUAAAUAGCUUAUUGAAACUGAAGAUAAUUGAAAUGCGAAUUAAAUAAAAAAUUAAAUUAAUGUUAAUUCCCACUUAAAUGAGUUUGGUGAAACUGGCUGUAAGAAUGUAAGAUUUGUUUAACUUAUAUUUUACAAUAAUUUUACAGGUUGAUAAUAAGUCAAAAUGUUUACGUGUACUUACAGUCCUAAAGAUGACUUUAGUUUGAGGUCGAAAUAUCGACAUUAAAAGUUAAUGAACUAAAACCUGUGUUUUAUGUAUUUUCUUGGCCUCGAGCUUAUCAAAUAAAAAUUACAUCAAUAACUUUAAAUGUGAAGAGCCCAAAACUUUGUGGGUCCUGAACAGACACUUAACCCAUUAAUGCCUGCCCAUAGACCCGCUGGUACGAUUUUGAUGAAAUUUUUAAAUAUGUGCCUGGGAGGCCAUAGAAGUUGAUAGAAAAAAAAAAAAAUUUUACAUGCGAACACACCUUAGAUAUGACAUGGGUAUUUAAAUACCCGACAGGCAUUAACAUUAACUUUGAAAUAACUCCAAAAAAAACACCAUUGGCUAUUGUUUUGACGUUUUGUGCAUUAUUGACAUUUGCCAAAUGUUUUUUUAUGCACCAUCAUCCCACAUGUAAAAAAAAUACUUAUAGUGAUAUAAAAAGGUAAAAUAAACAAGAAAAAAGUGAUAAGAAAUAAAUUGGCUGAUUAUAAACAAUUAAUAUUCAGAAUGAUUCGUCGGCAGAAAGUUCUCACUGCUAUCGAGCUGCAAGCUAUUUUAGAUAGUUGGUCUGAUGGAGAUAGUGAUGGAGAGGAUAACUUUGUCCAACACGCAGACGCCGUUGAUAUUAUCAUAACGCCACCCGAUGUCGUCGAUAUUCUGAGUGACAAUGAGGAAUUGGACGACAAUAUUCAAUUGUUGCGCGAUGACCCGGAGCUGCCUCAUGAGAUUGCAGGGCAAUUUGAAAUUCAAUGCGUUUACGAUGACAGCAACGAGCACUUGCCAUCGGGUUGUGAUGGUGAUACCGUAAAUGAACCCGAUUUUGAACAAGAAGAAGAAGAUGAUACACCGGUGGCCUCGACAUCUAGUGGUCGUGGUCGCAAAUCAACGCUUAAAUCAAGUAAGCCACCUAAGCGACCCAGAAUCGAAGAGGGCAUGAAACCAAAAUGGUCUCGGUCGCAAAAUUAUCAAUUCACUAAGAUUCCAUUCGAUGAUUCGGCCACUUCACACAAAGCGUUGUAUGAGAAAAUUGGUGACAUGAAUCCAGUGCAGCUUUGGGAAAUGUUCAUCGAUGAGGAGGUGUUGAACCUGUUGGUUACUUCAACCAACCAAUAUGCUGCGACCAAAAAUUGUCCUUCGUUCAUAACAUCAAUUAGCGAAAUGAAAACGUUUUUGGGCGUGUUGUAUAUAACCGGUUACCAUACAUUGCCGCAAAUACAUAGUUAUUGGUCAAAUCGGGAAUCAUUAGGAUGCGCGCUAAUAAAAGAAUGUAUUUCAAGAGACAGAUUCAAACGAAUCAAACAGUUCUUUCACGUGUGUGACAACUCAGCAUUGGAUAUGAAAAACAAAUUUGCAAAAGUCGCACCAUUGAAUGACUUAUUGAACAAAAAAUUUCUUCAAUUUGGUGUUUUCUCUCACAACCUUUCCAUUGAUGAACAAAUGAUUGCCUACUACGGCCGACAUUCGUGCAAAAUGUUCAUCAAGGGAAAACCAAUUCGUUUCGGGUACAAGUAUUGGUGUUUGGCUUCGUCAGAAGGCUACUUGUAUCAACUACUUCCAUACGCUGGUGCAUCAGAACAGGAGGACCCAGGUUUCGGACUGGGAGAACGUGUUGUGCUAUCACUUCUUUCACAUCUGGAGGCCCGCGCCAAGCACACGGUUACGUUUGACAACUUUUUUACAAGUCACAAACUUAUGACUCGUUUGUCGAACGAUGGAUUCUUCGCUUUGGGAACUGUUCGUGAUAAUCGGACCAAUCAUGCCCCAUUAAUGAACAUCAAGGAAAUGAAAAAGAAGCCUCGCGGGACGUCUGACUUUCGUUUCGACACGAACAAUUCUAUUUUGGCGGUGCGUUGGAAUGAUAAUGCGGUCGUGACCUUAUUAUCGAAUUUCCUAAGCCAUACACCAAUGGUCCGCGCGAAACGGUAUGAUCGAAAGCAACGGAAAAUGGUUACUAUUGAGCAGCCGUAUUUGGUCAACGAAUACAAUCAUCUUAUGGGAGGUGUGGACCUUUUUGACAAUGCAAUGAAUAAUUAUCGAAUUCGGAUUCGGGGAAAAAAGUGGUAUUGGCCAUUAAUAACAAAUGCGUUUGACGCGGCUAUGGUAAAUGCAUGGAAGUUACAUUGCUUCUGUCGCAAGUAUGACAAGAAGCCACCGAUGUCUCAAUAUGAAUUUCGAGUGGAGGUGUGUGAAUCGAUUAUGAUCAAGUCCAGUUAUCAUCAUCCGGGUAGAACGUCGGCUUCCGGGGCACAACUGGCAAUGCGUUACGACCGUAUGGAUCAUUUCAUCGGAAAACUUAAUACUCGUCAUCGUUGUCCGCAAUGCGGUGGCAAAACUGAAUAUGGUUGCUUGAAGUGCCAAGUGAACUUGCAUCCCGCUCCUUGCUUUCUGGAUUACCACAACGGCGUUGAACCAGAUAAGAAAAAGAUUGCCAAGGCUAAGUAAUCUAUUUCUUAUAAAUAUAAUAAUUUCUCAGUAAAAUAAAAAAAAAUUCUAUUUAAUUAUGCGUUUUAUUCACUGCAAAUUAAAUGUUUCCAUAUAGGAAAAAAAAGACUUUUUGUGUACCCACAUUGGACUGUCGGGUAUUUAAAUACCCAUUUUCAUUUAACCAGGUGUAACGGCCAGGUGUGUUGAGAUAUCUCUAUAGCGUUUUUCAUUACAUGAAGGACACCUGAAGCUAUCUGGUAAGGUGAGCUUUUUUCGUUUUUCCCAUUUCCCUAUAUUUGGGAGCGCUUUUCCUAAGCAUUUUCCGAUAAAAAAAACCUCGAUUUUUGGCUUAAAAAAAAAAGUUUUUAACGAAAACAAUAUACUGACAUAAUUUUAUUUUUUAAGGCCCAUUCUUCCUCUUCAAUCAAAAAAAAAUAUAACUUCGAUAUCUCUUUCCUAGCCCGAGCUAGAAUUUAUUUAGUGACACCACUUUCUUGGGUAUUUAAACCCAUUAGGCAGGAAUGGGUUAAUAAAUACGGAUAACUACCCCGCUUCAAGUAAAUACGUAAAUAUUUUCUUACAAACUAAUGAAAAUUUAUACAAAAAGAAAAAAGAUACCUCGCGAUGUUUGCUUCUUAUGUCUUUUUGAUGAACAAAACGGAUAGUGUGUGUAGAAGGGAGUGCUUCAGUGACGUUCAAUAAUGUCAUUGCAAUUAAUGUCAAUUAACAUAAAUUCAGUUUUAUAAGGGAAUAAAUAUCAAUGACAUUAGCAUAAAAUCCAAAACUGAAAGUACAUAACAUGUACCGUCACCGUCGACGGCAGUUGUCAAAAAAGCUGAUUCGGUGUAUUUGUAUGAAGUAAGUUACAUGAACAAGCUGACGGUGACGGUGCCGCACAAAUUAGCUCAACUCUCAAUUUUCCUUAUGUAAUUGCGUCAAAUGACAACUAUUCAGUGUGUUGUUUACAUGUUUGUACGUAAAUUUUUCCAGUUUGUAAAAAUUUUAAUAUUUAUGGAACACGCAAUGUAAAAAAUAAUGGAGGAAAGCCUAAUAGAAGUGAAAAAGUAAAAUGCAACUUUUGCAAAGAGUAUCAGCGAGCUAAUGAUUUUUCGGGCGCAAUAUCAAACGAAUUGUGUGUAACUUGACGCAUAAGCAUCCUUGACGGUGGCGGUGACGCUGUCGCAAUGGAUGGUAUGUACUUUCAUUUUGAGUCAAUGUCAAUUGACAUUAAGUCACUUCGGAAUUUAUUCACCCCAUAAAAGUGAAGUUAUUACCUUGUUUAUACCGACACAUAAAGCGCUUUGACUCAAAACGCUGUGAUUCAAAACGGGUGCAUAAACUAAAUUUCAAAAUGCGUUGAAAUUGGAAAGUGUAUUGACUUCAAUUGGUUUUCAAAUCGGUUUUUUGUUUCUCACAUCAGUUAGAAAACAAGUAUAAACGCAUCACUCAUCUGACGUGAAGUGAAAAUAGGCUGGUUUUCUUUAUACAGCCCGUUUUAAAUUCGAAUUAUUCUUUUAAUAAAUUGCAAUUAUUG